CCUACACACCCACACUACUUUUGUGUCAACCACUUCGCGGGAGUUGCCAUAACCGGAGCCGUCGUCUAAUUAAAACUCGAUAAACACUAUAAACGGGAGACAAGGCAACCAUGUCCGAAAGAAAGGCCGUGAUAAAAAAUGCCGACAUGUCGGAGGACAUGCAGCAGGACGCCGUGGAGUGCGCCACGCAGGCCCUGGAGAAGUACAACAUCGAGAAGGACAUCGCUGCAUUCAUCAAGAAGGAGUUCGACAAGAAAUACAACCCAACCUGGCACUGCAUCGUUGGGAGGAACUUUGGCAGCUACGUGACUCAUGAGACGAAGCAUUUCAUUUACUUCUACUUGGGUCAGGUGGCCAUUCUGCUGUUCAAGUCUGGCUGAGGGAAGCUUUCUCUAAACACCGACUGACUACAUACGACUGAUUCGACAAAGGCACUUAUCAUUCCGUGGCAAGGGGCCGCUGCCUUUUUCUGUGCUGCGUUCUACUUUGUUCUGUUUUUGAGGAUUAAAACAAACUAAAUGUGGCCAUGUUAAAAAAAGAUGAAACACUUGUAUUUAUUUUUGUGUUGUGAGAAAUGUCUUUUUUUAAUUAAAACAAAGGUGUAAGCUGGG